AUGGCCUGGACAAAACGACACUCAUUUGGGAUCCGGAUCCCAAUGUUUGGCUGUGGGACCAAACGGGUUGAGACGGAGGUGUCUGUUUACUUCCUAACCGUUGGUUUAACGGAAGGGAGGCCACCCGGCUCGGUGUAUGACCCCACGUUCAUUGUGGCUGUCCUGGACAUGGUGCCCAAACCUGAAGGAACGUAUUACAACGAGGUGGUGGACGGGAGCGGAAAGCGAGGAGGAAGCCCGAGGUUCCCGUCUGGGGCCAGGAAACUGCACCAUCGCCGCCAACAAAUGGCUGGUCCUGUGGGUUGUCCUCCCCUGUUUAAUCGUCCUCUUCCUCCUCCUCUUCUGACUUCUAGAUGUCUGUCGAACGAGGAGGAGUUAGUAGAGGACAAAGAAGAGAGAGAGGACACCACCCUCUCUGGAUCCCGCUCCAAUCAGCAGUGGGGGUGCGCGGGUGCCCGGGAAUCGACCCACUCCCCCCUCCCUCAGAGCUUGGUGAGUACUACCUGGAGCUAG